AUGGCAAAGCCUCUCUUCGAGUCGAAUAUAUCCGACAAAGAUAGGGAUAAUAUUAUUCCUAAAACGUAUCGUCUGCCGAACAACACAUUCCCCCAGCAUUACAGCGUGAGCCUGAGAACUUGGAUUGACGAAAAGAAAUUCGAUUUUACAGGAACAGUCAAAAUUAGAUUGCUUGCCAGAGAACACGAAACCAAAUACAUCACAUUGCACCACAGGCAACUAAAUAUAGCUCAAGAUGCCAUUCUUCAGAAGAUUACGAAAAAAGAAAAAGUUAAUGUUCCUCUUGAUCCGUUCACCUACGACAGCACCUAUGAAUUCCUCACGUUCCCUCUCUCGGGCACCGAAGCAUUAUAUGUAGAACAAAUAUAUGAACUCACGGUUAACUUCAAUGGAACCUUGAGAGGUGAUGAAGCAGGAUUCUACAUAGCUUAUUACGACGAUCCAUCGCCGAAUAAAACAUAUUAUGCCACCACUCAGUUCGAACCAACCGAUGCUCGUCACGCUUUUCCGUGCUACGAUGAACCUGCUCUCAAAGCCACCUUCGACAUUAGUAUCACCCACAAUCCCGUUUACAAUGCGAUCUCCAACAUGCCAGUGAAGGAGAUAAUUCCUCUCGCGAAUUCCAAUCACGUAACAACUGUAUUCGAUACUACCGUGAAGAUGUCCACAUACUUGUUGGCUUUCGUCGUGUCCGAUUAUGUUUACCGUGAGGAUGCACGGCCAAAGGUCUCUCAGCGCAUUUACGCUCGCCAGAGUCUCAUCGAAGACACUGCCUUUGGUCUGGAGGCUGGCGUGAAGAUCCUCGAUGGCCUGGAGCGAUACAUCGACGUUCCAUAUUCUCUCCCGAAAAUGGAUCAAAUCGGCAUCACACAUUUCGCGGCUGGAGCCAUGGAGAACUGGGGAUUGGUCACCUAUCGCGAGAAAUUGCUUUAUAUGAAUCCUGUGACAUCACAGACACGACAGAAGGAAGUCAUAUCAAAGAUUGUAGCUCACGAAUAUGGUCAUCAGUGGUUCGGAAAUCUCAUCAGUCCCAAAUGGUGGACUUACAUUUGGCUCAAUGAGGGUUUCGCUACUCUUUAUGAAUACGAAGCUGUCGAUAUGGCUUUUCCAGAACUCAGGGUCGGCGAUCUUUUUACAAUAAGUGCAAUGCAGGUUGCUUUUGAAUAUGAUGCAACAACAAGCACGAGGGCAAUGUCCAAGUACGUAGAGGUUCCAGAAGAGAUUAGAUAUCUCUUUGACAAAAUCGCCUAUCUGAAGUCCGGAUCCGUACUUCGUAUGACCAAACAUUAUCUCACGGAAACCAUCUGGAAAGAUGGUCUGAAGAGAUAUUUCGCAGCCCGUCAAUAUGAUGCCGCCGAUGCUGACGAUCUCUCUGCCGCUCUGGACGCUGCCGCCACAGCCAGUGGACUUGCUCCUCUUCCCAGCGGAACCACAGUGAAGACCAUCAUGGACAGUUGGCAUCUGCAGGCGGGAUAUCCGCUAGUCCAAGUCAACCGCGUCUAUGGCGGAAACAAUGUGAUGACAAUAAGCCAGCGACGAUUCAUCGCCACCAAUGCUAAUCAUGACAUUGACACCACUUGGUGGAUUCCCAUUAGUUUGUCCUCCAGCGACAGGCCCGACGUCUACAACACAGCUCCCAACUUCUGGCUCGCUCAGGGAUCCGCCCAAGCAAACUUCAACCGCCCGACUGGAUUCACUUACACUGAUACAGACUGGAUUCUCAUCAACAAGCAGCAGACCGGCUACUACCGAGUGAACUAUGACGACAGGAACUGGCAGAUGUUGGCUGAGGAACUUGUCAAUGGAACCAUGUCACGGAUUCACUUGGCCUCUCGCGCUCAACUGCUCGACGAUGCGCUGGACUUGAGCCGAUACGAGCGUCUUGGCCACGACAUCACCCUCUCGAUUGUCAAAUACCUUCGGCGUGAGACUGACUAUCUUCCCUGGGCAGCAGCAGACUCCGGCAUCACGUGGCUCCGUCGUCUCGUGAUCAAUUCCGACUCCACUGGACGCUUCAAGAACUUCAUGCGCGAGAUUUCCGAUGCUAUUUACAACAAGUAUCGUGCCACAAGUAUUUCUAAGGAAUCGUAUUUUGACAAACUAGCCAGGAAUUUGGCCAUCAAGUGGGCUUGUUUGUCUGGAAACACCGCCUGUUUGACCGACACCACGGCGGAACUCAGGAAGGCUUUGGCCACCGGACAAGACAUCGAGCCUGAUCUCAGAACCGUGAUUUAUUGCCAUGGCAUGAGAGGAGCAAGUAAGGAAGAUUUUACAGCCGUUUGGACCAAGUUCGAGGAUACUCCAACUGAAGAUGCGAACAGAAAUUUCUACCUGGAUUCUCUGGUGUGCAAUGAAAACACAGAAAUUCUGGAAGAGUUUCUCACAGAACUUUUCUCCGCCAACACUCAGUCUACUGCAUCGAGACCUGAUAGGAAGAGAGUUUUAAACGGAAUUUACAGUUCGUCAUCGGCUGGUCUGGCGGUCGUGCUUGACUUUUACCGCACGAAUACGGCUCGCGUAUAUGAUUCUUUUUUUGGAAUGGUCGAAGAAGAUUUGGGCAGUCUUGCUGAGUAUAUCACCACGCCUGCUGAGGGUCAGAUUAUGGAAGAGAUUAUCACGAAUCUGGGAGAUAGUAUCAGUGUGCAAGAUGCUACGAAUAUCAGAAAUUCCAUAAUGAGCAACAUCAAGUGGGUAUCCGAGAACCAGGGCGAAAUCAACGCAUUCCUAGACAAUUCAAAAGCCAGAGGAAUGACACCUAAUCUAACAGCUGUGUCUAUCGGUAUUUUAGUUAUAAUAUGGGAAAUGUUUAGUCAUUUCUUGAACUAAAUUGAGGAAAAUCUCAGAU